AUGCCUCACAUACACAGUAGUGGUAGUGUAGUGCUUAAAUAUAAUGAAAGUAUCAUAAUUGGUAAGCGAUGUCACACCGUGUUUGGUGGAAAACCUUACGCAGCUUUCUACGAUAUCCCCUAUGCCGAGGUCCCUAUCAACGAAUUGAGGUUUAAGCCGCCGAUUUUACGAAGUAAAUGGUUGUGUAAUAAAAUAUAUGAAUUCAACCAUGAAAAAAUGAAAGGAAACUUUAUAGAAGACUGUCUAUAUUUAUCUAUAUUUAUGCCAAUGUCCACGGAAUCAGCAAAAUUGCCAGUUCUUGUCUGGUUACACGAAAACUCUGUAUGGCAAGACCCAGAUUUUUUCAUAGAUGAGGAAAUCUUAAUAGUGACUGUAUCGUUUAGGACAUCGAUUUUCGGCUUUCUCAAUACCGAAGAUGAAUUCGCCGAAGGAAAUAUGGGAGCUAAAGAUAUAUUAACGGCUUUAAAAUGGCUCCACGAUAAUAUUAGUCUAUUUAAUGGAGAUCGGAAAAGAAUAACUGUUGCGGGGGCAGGAAUAGCGAGCACACCGGUUGCGUCAAUGCUAAUAUCACCCGCUGUUAAAGACUUAAUACGGGGAGCCAUUAUCUUUGAUGGAAGCGCGUUGUCGCCAUCUGAUUACAAAAAUGUCAACUUCGAAAUAGCAAAUAAAUUAUUCACGAAACUAAGAGGUCCAUUUAAAAAAUUUAAUAGAAAAGAACUGUAUCAAUCUCUCAAUGACAGUGCGACGGAGAAAUUGCUAUCGGCAUCUCAAGAACUUUUCGAUAGCACUGAAGUCAGAGAUAAUCAAAGAUUGAUUAAUUCUUUCGGAUGUUCCCUCGAGGUUGCUUCCAGAAAUAAUUCAUUUAUGAAAUGGACUCCUGUUGAAAUGUACAGAAAAAAGUCUGUAAACAACGUACCAGUUAUAAUGGGAUAUACAACACUGAAAACAUUAUACAAAUUAAAAGGUCUGGUUGAUAACAGAAACCUGUUAGUAUACUUAAAUAACAACUUCCAAUAUUUGCUUCCAUUUGAAGGGAAAGCCGAUGAAUAUGAAUCGGAAAGAUAUAAGAAGAUAAAGCGUCGAAUAAUAGAUUUUUAUUUCCUCAACGGUACAAUAGGAGAGCGCAGUUUAAGACGAUAUGCAAAAUAUCUAUCAGACAUAGAUUUAUAUCCAUUGCUUCGUCAAGCGGUUUUACAUAGCCAAAUCUCGAAGUGCCCAGUUUAUUUGUGGAGAUUUGCUUUGAAAGGAUCCCUUAAUAUUGGCUGGAGGAGUUUCGUACCGAAUUUAAAUUGGGCGGGAGCAACUUUAGAUGACGAAAUAUGUUACCUAUUCAAAUGUAAAUCUCUGAAUGACGUCUAUAGCGGCUUGGAGGCGAAUGAAAGAGACUUCAUUAAGAAAAUUGUAAGAUUAUUGGCAAAUUUUAUUAAGCAUGGAAAUCCUACACCGUAUUCGAAGGAUGAUGUUCUGAAUAAUUUGCAAUGGUUACCCUUGGAUGGGAAUGGUCAAUUAGAAGCAUUGAAUUGUGGUCGGAAACGAUUUAAGAUGAUGGAGAUUCCGGAGCAACAGCGAUUUGAUUUUUGGAAUCAAUUAAAGCACGAUUUCUUUUGAUAACAUUAU